UCGGCGUGACGCUCUGCGCACUACGGGAGCCGAGAAAGGGAAAGAUGUGGGGGCGUACCGUAUGGCUUUGCCUUAGGGCUCCAGGCGGCAGGUACCGGGGCUUCAGCUCCAAGGCACAUCCUCCGGGAAGUGGCCGGAUCACAGCGGAGAUGCUUCAGCACCUGGAGCGUCAUGCGCUUGUGGAUUUCGGCAACCGCGAGGCGGUGACACGGCUGGAAAAAGCCAUUGCCUUUGCUGACCGGCUCCGCGCAGUGGACACCGAUAGAGUGGAGCCCUUGGAGUCGGUGCUGGAGGACAGAUGUCUGUACCUGAGAUCGGACCGUGUGAUCGAAGGCAACUGUGCUGAAGAACUACUACAAAACUCCCGCCGCGUCGUGGAGGAGUAUUUUGUGGCCCCCCCAGGGAACAUCGCUCUGCCAAAGCUUGAUGAAUAAGAGUCCUUCCCACUCAGCUGAGUAGCUGUUCUGGGCAGGGGGGUACCCUGUGAACACGUGGAAGGGCAUUGGUGGUGUUCUGUUAUUGCAAAUACUGACGUGAACCUACUUCCUUCAGUCGCCUGAAAAAGUGGAUAACUUCAGUUACUUCUUAGUAACUGCCUCUUCUGAAGACGGAGUUGUGAAAGACCUAGCCAUAACAAGGCAAUGAGUUCCUAAUGCUAAUGGAAGUAAACCAAAGAACAAAAGCCCACUUCUAAUAGAUAAGUACUUACAGGCAGCCUGUUAUGUAGAUGUUUCCCUACUUAACUCUCUUGAAGAAGACUGUCUACCACACUGCAUACCCAUAAACAGAGCAUCUGGGACAACCAGAGUUGUCAUUUUUAGUUGCAGUUUACCCUGACAUGAGCAGCUGCCAUCUUUGGCUAACCUACUUAAAAUGUUUCUGGGUAUGAGGACCAGCAGGUGGCACGGUGGUUAAGUGCUGGACUCCCACAUGAUCAACCACAGUUCAAGUCCUAGACCUGGUGGCUUGCUUUCUCACUUUCCCUCUUUUUCUGGUCAAACUGAAAAAUGAUAAUAAUAAAAAUAAAAUCAAAUAAUUCUUAAAAAAGAAAAAUGUUUCUGGGUACCAUUUUGAGUAGAGAGCUAUCUUUCUGCUAAGGUCUGAAAAGUGUUCAAACUAACCAGGGAACUCUAAUGGACACCCACUGCCAUCCUGCAGAGCAGUCAUUAUGGGGAUGCUAGCCAUGCCUCAUAUCUGUCUGAAAAGACACCUUAUCACAAAAAUAGCUCUGGAUCUGAGACAAACUAGCCCUCUCACCUCCAAAAUGAUUACUGAAUUGGCGAAUGUAAGAUGGUGGGCUUUUGG